AGGCUCAAGGCGUUGUGUGACAGUCCAGAAUGCCUGCGCCAGCACAUAUGCCACCAAUAACAUGCUGCGCAGAAGCAUCUCCAGUCCGACCUCAAAAGAUCCAAGUGACCAAAACUGCGAUCGUCGAAGAGAAAAGCAUGAAGGGAGUUCCAGCUUCAAACCGAGACGGCUCUGGGUUUCCUCAAUUUAAGAUGUCCUUGUCUGCGCUGCACUGGCAGCAAGAGCAAGCUCUGGCUACCAUUGUGGCCUUGAUUGAUGAAGUGGACUCUUUGAAUAUACCAGACAAGAUCAUACCCAAAGAGGCCCCAAUUGAUUUCAAGCAGGAGGUUUCCCAUUUACGUGAAGACUGGGAACAGCCUUUAGAAUGUGUGCCUAUUCCUCCUGCUGAAAAGUGGGAUGAAAAGCCUGUGAAGUCUUCUGGCACAUACUCAAGGUACCAGGCGCUCAUGCAGCAAGACUCAGGAGAAGUCAAACCGCGAGUUCCAACAAUCCAGGUUGAUGGUUUGACAGUCUGGACUAGGUGGUGGUGUGUUCGCAUCACCUCCCAUCGAUACUUUGACUAUGUGAUUGGCGUUCUUAUUUUGAUUAACUCACUUCUGGUGGGAAUUGAAGUGGAGCUCAGCGUGAAGAAGCCCCCACAAGUGCUGGAAUGGAUGCAGCCUGUUGACACGGCUUUCAUUGUCGUGUAUUGUAUUGAGAUCUUUAUGCGUCUUUUCGGGAAUGGCUGGAGAGUAUGCUUUGCGGAUGGAUGGUUUCUGUUGGAUUUUGUCCUCGUGGUUGUGGGUGUCAUCUCAGCCUUUGUUCUAGAGCUCACGGAGGUUGGUGGGGGUGAUCUCGGCCUUCUAGAAUCAGUCUUGGUGAUCAGAGCAAUGCGUUUGCUGCGGCUAAUCAGAGCCUUGCGCAUGCUAAAAUAUUUCAGAACUGUUUGGCGGCUCGUGUAUGGCCUGCUAACAUCGCACAAUGCAAUGUUCUCAACACUGGCCUUGAUUGUAUUGACACUCUAUAUUUUUGCCUGCCUCGGUGUCGAGCUCAUAAGCAAGGAUCCAGACUUUCAAAUUGAGGGGGAUGAGACAUUCGAUAUUGUGAACACACAUUUCGCUUCCGUACCUGGCACAAUGCUGACUCUCAUGCAAUUUGUGACUGUGGACUCAGUCGCCAUAAUCUAUGGUCCGCUGGUGCGCAAGAACGGUAAAUACUAUUUGGCAAUAUAUUUCUGCGCGAUUAUUUUGAUAGUUUCCAUUGCCUUGAUGAACCUAGUAACGGCCGUGUUGGUUGAAGGUGCAUUGGAGAAUGCCCAAAAUGACAAGGAAGCUGACAAAGUCGACCUUCAAGAGAAGCUGAAGCGAGCAGUUCCAAAGAUCCGGCAAGUCUUCCAUGCAAUGGAUGCCAAUGGAGACGGCAAUGUUUCCUUGGAGGAGAUCGAGGCUGUCCCCAUGGACGUGCUGCCAAAAGAGCUGUUUGAGAAGAGUGGAAUCAGCAGCAUGAAGGAGAUUUUUGCAAUCCUUGAUGUUGAUGGUGGAGGUGAACUAUCGCAAGAUGAGUUUGUCGAUGGCCUUUUGGACAUUUUCUUCCGAGAUGUACCACUUGAGACAGUGCAAACUUUGAAGCUUCUCCGGCUGAUGGAGCAUCGGUUGAACACUUUGAAAGAGAUCAUCGUGAUGUUUCAAAAUUUCCAGGGCCCACAAGCUCAACACAUCACAUCGCCUCAGCCGGUUCAGGCAGACCAGAGCUUGCAGAACCCAUCUGAGACAUUCCGCAUGCUGCUUUCUUGAGUGCGUGAGGACAAGAACCGAGGUAAAAAAAUGAGUCAAUGAGUGGCGGAGCCACAUAGUUGGGAUUAAGUGCCCUCUAGAUACAUAGGCCGAGCCAACAACUUGGUUUGCAAACGCGGGCUGUCUCACAUGAAAAACUUGCUGCAUCCCCAGGUGCAUAGGCAAGGGGCACCAACUCGCGUGAUUG